AUUAUCAUUUAAUUCUACAACUUACCAAAGUUAAUUAAGAACAAUAAAUUAAUCUUGUGAUCGAUUAAUCUUGUAAAUCAUGGCAACAAUAAAAGUCCAUGGAAGUCCCUACUCAACGGCCACCAUGCGGGUUACUGCAACUCUGUAUGAAAAGCAGAUUGAGUUUGAGUUUUUUAACAUUAACAUGAGGAAUGGAGAACACAAAAAGGAACCGUUCAUAUCACUCAAUCCAUUUGGUCAAGUUCCAGCUUUUGAAGAUGGAGAUUUAAAGCUCUUUGAGUCAAGGGCCAUAACACAAUAUAUUAAUCACGAGUAUGCUGAUAAGGGGACCAAGCUAACAAGCAGUGACUCCAAGAAGUUGGCAAUAAUGGGGGUGUGGUCUGAAGUGGAGAGCCAUCACUUUGAUCAAGUAGCAUCAAAACUUGUUUGGGAAUUGGGGAUAAAGACUUUAUUUGGAAUUCCUUUGGAUCCAAAAAUUGUUGAAGAGAAUGAAGCCAAGUUGGAUAGUAUUCUUGAUGUGUAUGAGAAAAGAUUGUCUGAGUCCAAAUACUUUGGAGGUGACUCUUUCACCUUGGUGGAUUUGCAUCAUUUACCUUCUCUUCAUUACUUGAUGAAGUCACAAAGCAAGAAGCUUUUUGAAUCAAGACCUCAUGUUAGUGCUUGGGUGGCUGAUAUCACUGCAAGACCAGCUUGGUCUGAAGUCCUUGCCAUGAUACCUAAUUAAGACAGUUUUUGGAUACAUAUUGUUGUUGGGCGUUGUUUUUUAAUAAUGUUAUUGGUAUGAAAUAUUUAACGACUUUAUCAAUAAAUAAUCGCAGCGAGAAUCUGACGGAUGAUCGAAGACAAUGGUUAAGGGAUUUUAGUCCAAUUUCUUUCAAAGGAAUGUAAUAUUGAUUUGUUUGGUGUUGUUUCAUAUUUCAAGAAGCUUUUAUUUAUUUCAUAUUGUCAUUUUUCAAGUGUACUGUAAACUGGGUAUGCCAAAAGCUCAAUCAAUUGCAUUCGUCGUAAAA